ACUGCGAAAAUUAAUGCGAAAAUCAAAUUAAAUUUAAGGUCAAUUCCACACAUUACAAACUGAAUGCUUUAACAAUAAAUAUUCAAUAGUUCCCGCUAUCUUAGGCGGCUACCCAAAAUUCAGCAUAUCAUUCCUCCCUUGUUAAGGACGGUUGUAAAACAAGGUUUUUAAUGGCUCACGCUAAAAUAAAAUGCAAAUGGAAAAAUUAGCGGCACCAUCUGAUAUCCAUGAUAGCCUUAAAAAUUCUUUAUAAAUUCUUCAUUGAUCUAGCAAAGCACAUCUCGUUCUGAGAUAGACCAUGUGUGCGACUAGUACCUUAUUGUGUUCGCAUUUAGUUAUUCAAAAGAUCUCAUUGUUGCGUCCACUACUUCACUGGCGCAAAUACGAGCAUCGUCAUGGCCUAAUUCAAAGUCUGCUUUAUGGUCAUUUUAAUAGAAGUAUCUCAACCACUCAACGAAAAGCUAAAGACAUUUGCAUUCGAGUCAUCAAACCAGCGGAUCGUCAGCGAGUUUUAGAAUUUCUACGUAUCCACUUCUAUUGUGACAAACCAUAUGUGGUGGCCACUACAGCGAAUAUCAACAACACAGCAUUGACUGAGCCCGAUAAGGCCGAUGAGGACUACAAUAUUUCGAAAAUUGAACAUGGAACAUGCCUUAUGGCUGUGGACCAGCAGAGCCAAGCUACUGUAGGUGUUUUGCUAGCAGGACCAAAAGGUCCCAAUGAAGCCGAAUUAUUGUCCAUACGAGCCGCUAAGGAGGGGCUCACAAAAUGGAGUGUUAUUCUCAAGUUAUGGGAACGUGCCGAGAGAGAGUCAAAUGUCUACAAACGUUAUGGAGUGCAAAGAGUUCUUCAUUGUACAGUCUUGGCUGUGGACAGGAAUAUUCGCGGCAAGAGAAUUGGUGCGCGUUUAUUUAACGAACUGCAGGAGUUGGGAAAAACUUGGAAUUAUGAACUGGUGACUGUUGACUGCACCAGUUACUAUUCCUCAAAGUUGUGCAAACAACUAGGCUGGGAAUGUGUGAAUGAGAUCUACUACAAUGAGUAUGUGAAUGAAAAUGGGCAUGCAAUGGUUAAUGCCAAGCCUCCCCAUGUGUGCUGCAGGACAUAUGCGGUAAGACUAUGAAAAAGGGGUCAGCAUUACAGAGUACCAAAACUCUCUACACCAUGAAGGCGCCUUUAUACAAAACUUAAAUGCGAUGAGUACGUAUCUUUGUCGGAAUAAAAUGAAUUAAUUUCAACUAUAAGAUGUUUACAAAAUUUUAAUAAAUUGCCUGCUUCAUUUUGAAGCAUAAAAAACUUUAAAAA